AUGAGCACACUAUCGGUCUUAAUCGAAACAUCAUCUUGCUCAUGGGGAAUGCUAGCAAGUGCACACGGUGAUCGAACAAUUGGAAUUAUUCUACGAGCAAUCGUAUCAUUCUGCAAUGCUCAUCUAGGACAAUCUGCAAAUAAUCAGCUUCUAGUUUUUGCAUACGGACGAAAUGUGGAUAACAAAAUGAUAUAUUCUUCUACAAGAUGUGAAGAUCGGAAUGCUUCGUUUCUUGUUGUGAAGCGUUUGCGGGAACUAUUGAGUAGUGAUGCAUUAACUAAUGAUGCAACUAUUGGAGCACCUCUAGGACCUGCCUUGGCUCAUGCUUUUUGCCAUAUGAAAAAAGACAGCCGAGUAGUAACUGCUGAUCCAUGUGAUGAUUCUCUUGGACCUCAGACUACAUCAGAACAAUCGGAAACCGCAUCUGAAAAGGCUACGAAUAGAGCAGUAGUGAUAUCAAUUACUCCUAUCAUGGGAAGCGAACACGGAUCGUUAAUGAAUUUGUUCUUCUCUGCUGCAAAACAGUCAAUCUGCGUUGAUGUUGUAUCGAUGGGAGAUGAUUUUACUGGUGGAAUCCUUCAACAGGCAGCAGAUAUUACUGGCGGAUCUUUUCUACAUGCCAAAAAACCACAGACUUUAUUGAAAAUUUUAAUGACUAAUAUGCUAACCGAUCCAACUCACCGUGCAGUAUUCUCGAAGCUUUCUCAUAAUUCAGUCGAUUAUCGAGCAUCCUGUGCGUGUCAUCAUCAGCUUGUAUCCUCCGGUUGGGUGUGCUCCAUCUGUCUUUCAGUCCUCUGCCAAUAUACUCCAAUAUGCAAAGUUUGCAAAGCAGCGUUCACGAUUGCCAAUCUUCCAAUCAAACCGAACAGGAAACGGGCCAUCAGGAAUUAACGUGUUAAACAAUUUAUUUAUUUUUUUGUUGUUUUUAAAUACCGGUUUAACUAUGUUUCAUGAAUAAAAAUAUAACG